CUUUGCAGUUAGGAUCUUUUGGUUACUGAAUUGGUUUGCAACAUAGUUGAUUUGAAUACCACUGUUGUGAUGCCGUGGGUUAAGUAUCUUUUACUUCUCACAACGGCUGUGAUGGUAGUGAGCUCUUUAGGAGUUCGCCGUGAUGCCUUUUCAGAUAUGGGUGUUCCAUAUGAUUCUACUGCUAGUAGUACAAUCAGUUUUGGUAGACUUAUUAUUGGCAACAGGCUUCAGAGUACAACGUUGAAUGCUACUGAUGAAAGACAAGCGCAUGGGGAAGCAAAAUUUCAUCUUGCUGAGGCGAAGUUGAAACAUCUGCGUCCUUCUGUGCACUGUGGUGAUGAUACUAUGACCCUGCGUGUUCCUGGACCAAGAAUGCCCCACUUUCUGGUUGAUAAAGGAGAUGGGACUAAAGUGCCUCUGUCUGAGAUUCCAGCCAGCUGUGGUUACUCUGUGAAGAGGGUGCGCCGGGAUGUUUCGCUUGUUGCGCCGUACAAUGGUUGUGGUCAUGUCCAACAACAGAGUGGAGCUUAUGUUCUGCCUCUGGUAAUACUGGGGGCAACAGUGCAGAUGUCAUGCCCAAUGAAUCCUCCUGCCCUUCCUAAAGUUUCUUGCUUCCCUUCUGGCAUGGUUGUCUCACUUGGGCAGAGCGCUGAUACUGUUAAGAUUAAAGUUGAUGGAUCAUGGCAGCCUCUGCUACUGGCAUAUUUUAAGUGCAAGUUCACCCUGGACACUGCUAGUGGCGAUCUGGUUGUCAAUGCACCAUUCAAGGGAACUUGUUGGGAUAUCAAGGAUGCUGAAAGACGCCUUCCUAUGCUUUAUGGUGGCCAUGAAGUGAUACUCACAUGCCCUGACACAUCACCUACAACUGUUGUACCUCAAGACCCUCAGGUGUUUUAUCAAUUUCCAUACGGACAACCAUGGUAUAACUGGGUGCCUGCUACAGCAGCUCCUACCACUACGACAGCGGCUCCUCAGGAUCCUUUUCCCCAGCAACCGUACUAUCCAUAUGGAAAACCGUGGUGGUGGUAUCCCCAGGUGCCUGCUACCAUAGCCCCUACUACGACAGCGGCUCCUCAGGAUCCUUUUCCCCAGCAACAGUACUAUCCAUUUGGAAAGCAGUGGUGGUAUUACCAGGUACCUGCUACCCAGGCCCCUACCACUACGACAGCAGCUCCUCAGGAUCCUUUUCCCCAGCAACCAUACUAUCCAUAUGGAAAACCAUGGUGGUGGUAUCCCCAGGUGCCUGCUACCAUAGCCCCUACUACUACGACAGCAGCUCCUCAGGAUCCUUUUCCCCAGCAACCAUACUAUCCAUAUGGGAAACAGUGGUGGUGGUAUCCCCAGGUGCCUGCUACCAUAGCCCCUACUACUACGACAGCGGCUCCUCAGGAUCCUUUUCCCCAGCAACCGAUGUUCCCUCUACCAAUCUUUGAUCCUUUUCGCAAUCUCCAAAAGGGAGAACCAUUUCCUCCUGGCGUACCCAAGUUUCCUCCCAUCAUCCCAGGUUACCCUUUUCCUAGCCUGCCAACUGAUCCAAUCCCUCCCCCACAAUCCCUCCCAAAGGUUGUGCAGUAUCCUGCUGCCCAGCGUGACAUGUUUGCAGGUUACUCAUCCUAUGGCCUUAAAAAUGUGAAGUGGCCAUCGCUGGCAGAUAACUACCCCUUCAUGCCCCAGUUGCUUAAGGAUCCAGUUUUUGCUCGCAGCCGUAGAUCUGUGUCUAUCGGUCAGUUGCCCCUUCCCUACAGGUCUCGCAGAUAAAGCUGUAGAGUUUGAUAAGUCAAGCGUUCCAGUAGCUUUUCAUUUAGGAUUGAAUUGAGACUUGUGACUCACUGUUUCUUUUCAGGUUCAUGUCUAAUAAAGCUUGAUAUGACUU